AUUUUAUUUAUUCUGUAUUUCUUUGUAAAUAUUUUCUAUAAUAUUUAAUAUCAGGUAUCAAAUAAUAAUACAUUUUGCUUUUUGUAUUAAUUAUUUAAUAUAUUAUACAUAUAAUUUAAAGUAUACUGUAUAUAUUUAUAGUAGUACUUGAUUAAAUACAUAGGUAAUUUAGAUAUUUUAAUUGUAAACAUGAAUAAAGAAAAUACAGACGAAAAAAGCAAAGAUUUAGAUUUAUGGAUGAUACGUCCAUGUGAAAUGUAUAAUAAUGAGUAUGGUGAAUGUACUUCUAUAUCAUCAAGAUUACAUCAGAUGUUUGUUCAUGGAAGUACAGUAGAUUGCAAUCAUUGGCAUGAAGACUAUAUUAAUUGUUUAAAAUGGAAAAAAGACAAAAAUAUUCAAGCAGCUGAAACCCUGGUUAAUAGUGAAAAAAUGAAGAGAAAUAAUAGAUGGAAAACAUUUUAUGCAAAUAAUGUAUGGGAGAAUAGAACUAGUCCACCAGAAAAUUGGAAUGAUCCAUUACCAAAUUAUAUAGCCCAACGACGACAAAAUUCAACACUAGGAGAUGAAUUGGAUAAAACUGAAAAUAAAUCAUUCUGUUCAAUAAUGUAAAAUUUGUAUACAAAUAUUUUAUUGUUAUCAUAUUAUUUAGUAGUCGAGGUUUUUGUUUAAAAACCAAUUGUUGGAAAUAAAUUAGUAUUCUAUCAAUUAUGUCAUUUAAGACGCUUUAAUAUACUUUAAAAUCUGUAAAAUA